GGGCGGGUGGAGAGGGGUCGCGCUGGAGUCGCUGGGCCGGGGGUGCUUGCGCCCCGCAGAGCCGCCAUGAUGCAGCCUCGGGCCCGCGGCCCACUGCUGUUCCUGCUCCUGCUCGUCGCACUGCUGCUGCGCCCAGGCCUGGCAGGCUCCGGCUCCGCGGGGCGCCCGCCCACAGUGUCUCCACCAACAAAUGUUGAAAUUGAAUCCUUCAACUUCAAGACUGUAUUGCACUGGGAUUACUCAAGCAUGGUUCCAAAUGCUCGUUUUACUGUUGAAAUCAAGCCCUAUGAAUUAGGGUAUUAUGCGCAAAUCAGCAGCUGCGUGAACAUUUCGCGUCGUCAUUGUGACCUUUCUGACAACAUAACCGAUCCAUUGCUUUCUCACUGGGCUAAAGUUAAAGCUCAUGUUGGUUCAGAAGAAUCCAGUUAUGUUGAAUCUAAAGAAUUUAUUCUGGCUAACCAGGGCAAAAUAGGUACACCUACACUGACUGUUUUAACUCAAGGCAAUAAACUGAAGGUUGAUAUCUUCCACCCUGCCUGUCUACCUGAGAAUCUUCUUGAGUCUUGUGAUGAAGUUGAAUAUCUAGUGUAUUUUCAGGACCAUGAAAAUCAGACUGAAAAACUUAAGACAGACUUGGAAUCAUGUGAGGAGCAUAAAUGCAGUAUAAGCCUUCCAGUUGCCUCUGAAGGUUUAACCUACUGUGUCUCAGCUGAAGUUUAUUCAUGGUGUGAAAUGCGUGGCGACCAGUCAAAUGAAACUUGUCUUCAUGUUCCUUUGAAAUGGCAACUAGCAAAUAUUUUAAUUGGGACUGCUGCUUUCCUUGCUUUUGGACUAAUUUUGGCAUCAUACUAUGUUUACAACCAGCUAAAGAAGAAAAAUAUUAAACUUCCCAAGUCUCUGGUCGCUGUGGUAAGAAACCUGAACUCACGCCACACUUUAGAACAAGAAACAAAGUAUAUCUCUGUCAUAACCUCAUCAUCAGCCAAGAUGCUGGUAUGUGAUAAGGUAACUGUGAUAGAAGAAGAACAAGUAACUGGGACUCCUAGCCCUGAAGACAGCUGUGAAGAAGCAUGCUCUCUCAAUUCCCAGGAAACAUCAAGCACAACAGAAGAGGGGGGCAUUCAAGAAAGCACUUCGCAGUUAUCUCCGAAUACUGAACAGAGUUCCGAUGUAAAAGAUAACUAUUUUACUUCUAAUAGUAGUCAAAUGGAAUUGCAUGAGGAGGAGCUCUCUUCAAACUCCAAGCCUCUCACCACUGAUACUCAAAACUCAAUGAGCCAAAUAAAGUUUUCUGGCUAUGACAAACCUCAUGUGCCCUUAGAUAUGCUCGUAGAUGUUGGUGAAGAGGAGUCUGUGAUUGAAUAUAGACACUAACUGCAAGGUUGACUGUAACAUUUAGCCAUGAGUUGAGAAGAACAGCAUUACUGAGGACUACACAAUGUCACUUGUAAUCCUUGUAUUGACAUCUAGAAGUUUUUGCAAACUUCCAGUAUAUGACUUCUUAAAACAGAAUCCUGAAAAUUAAGUGGGAAUCAUAAUAGAGAUCGAUGCUAAUGUAGCUGACAGCAUAACAAGUAAGUCUAGUUAACCUGUCAAUUUUCAGAAGUAUGUAUAUAACAGUUCUGUUGUCUGCUAUAGAAAUCAGUGCUUUGUUAAUGGUAGUGUACAAGUAAAGAACUUUCAUAUGCCUAAAGGCUUUGUGGAAAGAAGGCAAGUCA